AUGGAUGGAUUUGGUGCGUUUGGGCUAUUUGGAGUCUGUCCUCCCAGGAUAUGGUGCUGGUGGAGGCUUUUAUUUCUCUUCAGCGUUUUCCACAACUAUCUGAGCUCCAUGCUGGACUGUCCGCCUACCUGUACCUGCUCCCCCAGCGACAUCUACUGCAAUAAGUCCGACAACGGCAAAUUCUUUCCCCUCCUGUCCUUCCAGGGCACUGGGGGCGCCGGGAAUAGCAGUGGGAGCAUCGAGGACCUCUUCCAGAACAUCACCUCCAUACAUAUUGAGAACUGGACUGGUCUGCAGGUCCUCAGGGAUGUGGAUAUGGAGUUAUACACGGGCCUGCAAAGGCUGACUAUUAUGAAGAGCAACCUGAAUACAAUCCAGACUCGUGCUUUCUCCAAGAACCCCCACCUGCGCUACAUAAACCUCUCUAACAACCGCAUGCUGACCAAGCUGUCCUGGCAGGUCUUCCAGCAUCUGCAGCUCGUUGAACUUCAUCUAGAAGAAGUUGUGUUUGAGUGCGGCUGUGAAAUCCGUUGGCUGCAGCUAUGGCAACAGAGAGGAGAGGCGGGGCUAAGCAGCCAACAACUAUACUGUGAUGAUGGCUUCCAGAAGAUACCUCUACAGGAUAUGAACAUCACCAGUUGUGACCUGCCAGAUAUCAGUGUUAGCCACAGCAACCUCACAGUUAUCGAGGGCGAUCGUGUCACAGUGAGCUGUAAUGGCUCUGGAUCCCCAUUACCAGAUGUCGACUGGACUGUCAAAGGCAUGCACUCCAUCAACACACACCAGGCCAUGGUCUACAACACCACCAUUCACUCCAUCAACAUGACGCUGUUUAAUGUGAGUCGAGAUGACAACAAUUUCUUGCUGACCUGCAUUGCUGAGAAUGUAGUGGGCAUGAGCAAUGCCUCUGUCCAGCUAACUGUUCAGUUCCCUCCUUCUAUCGUAAAACUGGACGAACCAGAGCGCCGCCAUGAUACUUGCAUAGAGUUUACAGUUCGGGGUUCUCCACAUCCAACCUUACAGUGGUUCUACAAAGAUAAGGAGAUUCCCCAAAGUGAGUAUGUGCGCACUGAGGUGGACACUUACCAAGACUAUUUGGAAGGUUGUCUCACCUUUAAGAAUCCAACACACCACAACAAUGGCAACUACACACUCGAAGCCAGCAACUUCCUUGGUGUAGCCACCAGGACCGUAUAUGGGCACUUUCUGGACAGACCCUUCACUGAUGAUUAUGAUUAUGAAGUGACCCCGACUCCAACCAUCACAGUGACUCACAGACCUGAGGAAGACACUUUUGGGGUCUCCAUAGCAGUAGGACUUGCGGGGUUUGCCUGUGUGAUGUUGGUGGUUCUCUUUGUUCUCAUCAACAAGUAUGGACGACGCUCCAAGUUUGGCAUGAAGGGUCCAGUAGCAGUGAUAAGUGGUGAGGAGGACUCUGCGAGCCCACUUCAUCAUGUUAACCAUGGGAUAAUCAGCCCCUGUACCCUGGAUUCUGGGCCAGAUGCUGUAGUCAUUGGAAUGACCAGGAUCCCCGUCAUAGAGAACCCACAGUAUUUCAGACAUGGACACAACUGUAACAAACCUACUACCUAUGUUCAGCAUAUUAAACGGCGUGACAUUAUUUUGAAGAGGGAGCUUGGAGAGGGCGCCUUCGGCAAGGUCUUCUUGGCUGAAUGCUACAAUCUGAGUCCCACGAAGGACAAGAUGCUGGUGGCUGUUAAGACUCUAAAGGAUCCCACUCUUGCAGCAAGGAAGGAUUUCCAACGUGAGGCUGAGCUGCUGACCAACCUCCAACAUGAGCAUAUUGUGAAGUUCUAUGGUGUGUGUGUUGAUGGCGACCCUCUCAUCAUGGUCUUUGAGUACAUGAAGCAUGGAGAUCUCAAUAAGUUCCUCAGAGCCCAUGGGCCAGAUGCCAUGAUCCUAGUUGACGGACAGCCCUUGCAGACCAAUGGGGAGCUAGGUUUGUCCCAGAUGCUGCACAUAGCCAGUCAGAUUGCGUCUGGGAUGAUCUACUUGGCAUCUCAACACUUUGUCCACCGUGAUCUGGCGACCAGGAACUGCCUGGUGGGGAAUGGCCUUCUGGUGAAAAUAGGAGACUUUGGCAUGUCCAGAGAUAUUUACAGCACAGAUUACUACAGGGUGGGAGGUCACACCAUGCUGCCGAUCCGCUGGAUGCCCCCAGAGAGCAUCAUGUACAGGAAGUUCACCACAGAGAGUGACGUGUGGAGUUUUGGAGUCAUACUGUGGGAGAUCUUCACCUAUGGCAAACAACCAUGGUUCCAAUUGGCCAAUAAUGAGGUGAUAGAGUGUAUUACUCAGGGCAGAGUACUGGAGCGUCCCAGGGUUUGUCCUAAGGAAGUCUAUGAUAUGAUGCUGGGCUGCUGGCAGAGAGAGCCACACCAGCGCCUCAAUAUUAAGGACAUUCAGAAGAUGCUGUUUACCCUGAUGAAAGCCACGCCAGUCUAUCUGGACAUACUGGGAUAGAAAUGGAUUUGAGUAGAAAGGCAUGUGGUGGAUAUUAGAUUGCAUUAGAUGGAAUAGAAAUUAGUGAAAUGAGACAAUGUUGACAGAGUUGAAUUGCAUUGGAGUGAAUGUUGG